AUGGGUGCCUCCAAGUACAACCACCUCGAAGAUGAGGUGACCUUCGGUGCGACCGUCGACACACCCACCAAGACUCAAAACCACCUUGCACCCAAUAUCUUCGACACUCCCAAGUCAUUGAGUCCCGUCGUCACCGUCGACUCCCCACCGACACCCAGCGAAGAGCGCCUGACUCCAUUCUACGCCGCUCCUUCUGCCGAGGUCUCUCGCCAAACACUCCCCGUCGGUCACGACGAAGACCUCGAAGCUGCUCGCAAAGAGGGAUACUUUAUUACUUCAAACCCUGUUGGCUCAGACCUCAACCUUCCAUCUGGCAUGCUUCCCGUAUCGGCCGUUCCCACUGGCUCACGAUCGAGCUUUGAUGGCCGUACCAAAGAAUGCACAAUGUGGCCGACCAAGCAGACCCUUCGCAACCAGGACAAAGCCGAGAGAGCCAAGCGCAGAGCAGCAAGAGCCUGUGGUUGCAGCAGCAUCCACGCUUGGUGGUGCAGCAUGAGCAAGAAGCAAAGACUGUGGUUCAAGAUCCUCCUUGCUGCCGUUCUCAUUGCCUUGGCUUGCGGUUUGGGCAUUGGUAUCAGCAAGGCCGUCGGUGCUGGCGUCUUCGCUGGCAAGGGUCAAACCAAGCCUAUCGCCAACGCAUAG